GGCGGAAAACACCGAAGCUGCGACCUCAAAAAGGAAGUAGGCGAGGCUUGUUUUGUUCCAAAAUCUACGCAUUAAGAGUUUCUAUUUUCAAGUUGUGGAGUCAAGUGGUGAAGAGCAUAAAGAGGAACGGGUUCUUCUGACUCUGCUGGACUAUUCUGCAGAAAUCAAUGUUGGCUGGAUAUUUUGGGAUUGACAGAUUCAGAUUCAGCACGAGAUUUUAACAAAACCUUGAGGAAGUGAGAGUUGGGAAUUACUGAAACACCUCAGACCUUCUUACCUCUUGGAUACGACACUCAGUGACGAUGGCUGUGAUUGUGCUGGUGGCCAAGGACUUCACCAGUCCGCUUUUUCUGGUGCGGACAUGCGAGGUGUUGUGCACCUGCACCACCUUCAGUCUCGUGGCCUCGCUGGACCCAUCAGAACUCCAACACCUGAGCACGUUCAGGAUCUUCUGCAUGUUCACCUGGUGCUUCUUCUUCACCCUGAGUCUCCUCAUCCACACUCUCAGCAUCAUCCAUUUUCACAACCUCAUCCCAGUGUCGUGGAAGAACCUGACCGUGACGGUGGCCGUGUCAGGCAGUCUGAUGAACCUCAGCGCCUCGGUCCUUUUCCCAUGGAUCGUCAUGAAUCACCAUCAGGUCUUGCCGCGGUCGGUGGCAGCGACGGUGGGUUCCUGUUUCACCUUCAUGGCCUACACCUCAGAGUCCUACAUCCUUUGCACACAAGCCCAAGAGCAGAGAGGCUACAUGGGCAGCGUACCUGGUCUCCUGAAGAUUGUGCAGCUGUGGGGAGGCUGUCAGAUGAUCCCUCUGCUUGUACCCAUGAUAAUGCACCGGUGGCAGACAUGUGUCACCAGCACAGCGUAUGGCGUCUGCAUCCUCACGAGUCUCGUCACUCUUGUGAUAAUCUUAGGUGACUUUGCAAAGCGGUGUCUCCUCCCCCUGGACAGACUGAUGGCCGGCUUCAGUCUGAUCGGGGUGUUGUUGUACAUGGUGGCCACGGUGAUUUGUUUCACUGAAGUCCUGCAGCUGACAGAAGUGGGACAAAGUGUCUCCAACAAAAGCAAAGGGCUGGUGAUCAUGGAAACUGUUGUGACCACUGUCACGCUGUUGGCUUAUACUGUGGAUCUCGCCUUUUCCAUCAAACUUCUGUGUUACAGAAGUCACACAUGAAAUAACACAUUACAUUGAAUUGACUGUAUUGUAUAGUGUGUAUUUGUACUGAUUGAUUCAUUCAUUCAUUUUCCUCUUUGAUUUUAAAGCCAUUGGUAAGCCGUGCGGACAAUGAAAACAACAGGGUGUUACAAUCAUGUAGUCAGCGGCUGCUGAAUGUUCCCACACACAAACACGUUUGGCACGACGACACUUUCCCUCUGUUCUUACUUAUUGUAUAUUCUAGUGUUUGUAUUCUUUCUCUUUAUGUGAAGCACUUUGAGUAUUUUGCAGGUUUUGUAAAAUGAAUGCAGAGU